AUGGAGAUUGGGAAAUACGAAUGUAUAAGUAGGCUAGAAAUGGGGGCAACUAGCAGUAGUUUAGGUGAUUUAGGGUCAAAUGAAUAUUUACAGAAACUGUCUGGAACUGAAGCCAUUGAUAAAAUAGAUCCUUUCUGGAAUCAACUGCUAUCAUUCUCUUUUCUCAUUCCAAUCAACACAGCCGAUUCACGAAUAUUAGAAGAAGCAACCUCUCAGACAUGUCGUAAUUUUGCCAUAAACAAUUGUCAUACUGGUAAUUUUUCUGCCUUGGUUCACAAUUUUUUAAUCCGAGCAACAGAACUGAAAGCUUCAGCACAGUGUGAAGAUAAUAUAUUUAUAUGGCAGACAUAUAAUGCAUUGUUUAUUAUCAGAAGUUUAUGUAAAUAUUUUGUGGAACAUUUAAGUGAAGAGUUAUUAUUACAACAAUUUGAUUGUAAAGCUAAUCCAAGUGAAUCUGAUGGUGAUAGUGAAGAUGAAGAAGAUGGUGCUGGAGAACAGAUGGGUUUAUUAGCUGAAGAACUGAUGAGUUCAUUAAUAGAAUUAUUGGUUGAUGUUCCUGUCCUGAAUUUUACCUAUGCCCUCCAUCUUGAAUCUUUAAAUACAUUACUGGUAUUGUUAUCAAUACAGAUGUUUCAAACACAAGCUACCAGUAAUUUUACUCUCUAUAAGUUUAUGAUGCAGGAUCAAUCUGUGACUCAGACUCCUUCCCAUGCUAUAGCUACAUUUAAAAUAGAUUUUAAUAAACUAUAUCAAACAUUAUGUGGUACAUUACGAGAUGAUCAGACCACAUUGUUAUUAUAUCUAUUAAUACAUCGUAAUCCACAGUUUAAAGAUUAUCUACUAUCUAGAACAAACAUUGAUCAACUGGUAAUGCCAUUAUUAAAGAUAUUAUACCAGGCUAUGGAACGUAAUUCACACCAUAUCUACAUGGCAUUGAUAAUAAUAUUGAUAUUAAGUGAAGAUGAUGUGUUCAAUAAAGCUAUCCAUGAAAUAACUAUAAAGAAUGUGUUAUGGUUUAAAGAAAGACCAUUAACAGAAGUAACAUUAGGCGGUUUAUUGAUAUUAGUAUUAAUAAGAACUAUACAGUUUAAUCUUAGUAGAAUGAGGGAUAAAUACCUUCACACCAAUUGUUUAGCAGCCUUAGCUAAUAUGUCUUCACAGUUUAUCAACUUACACCCUUUUGUUGCACAGAAAAUUGUCAGUUUAUUUUCUCAGUUAUGUAAGAAACAAGCUAAAUUAAUAGAACAGAUCAGUGAGUUAGCUUCUAAUAAAACUGAACCCCCUACAGAAUCUACAGAUGAUAAAGCAACUGAACCAGAAGAUGAAAGUGCUUUAUUGUUACAAGAUAUGAAUGUAUUAGAAGAAGUUAUAAGAAUGGUGUUAGAGAUUAUAAAUUCCUGUCUAGCUACAUCAUUACAUCACAAUCCAAACCUGAUCUAUACCUUACUGUAUCAACGUGAUCAGUUCUCAGCCUAUAGAACACAUCCUACUUAUCAGGAUAUCAUACAGAAUAUUGAUACUGUAUUGACAUAUUUCUCGGCACUAUUGGAGAAACAAGGAAAGAGUAAUGUUACACCUGGUGAAGUGUUAGAAUGUAUUAAACAAGGUUCCAUUAAAUUUCGUAAAGAUAGACUUCAGAAAUUUCCAGAGUUAAAGUUUAAAUAUGUAGAAGAAGAUUCACCAGAAGAAUUUUUUAUUCCAUAUAUUUGGUCGUUGGUACAUCAGUCAUCUAAUAUGUAUUUUAAUCCAACAAGAAUUAUUCUGUUUUCUGUGGGCAAUGCUGACACUGAGGGAGAACUUAAACUGGUGUAAAUAGUGAAAAUUGUGAGUUAAAUUGUGGGACAAUGGAGUAAUUUUGGAUUUUUGGGAAUUUGAAUUUUGGAUAUGUGUGAAACAAUGAAGUGGAAUUUUGUGGUGAUGUGUGUUUAGAACAAAAAGUUACAGACAAAAAUAUCAGAAUUCAGUAAAAUUGUGUAUUUAUAUGAACCACAAUGCAGUUAUUAUUCAAUACAAGCUGUAUAAAGUGUAAAGUUUAUUAGUUAAUGCUAGUGCAAUGCAAUUGACUAAAGUAGCUAGAGAUAUACAGUAUCUGAUGUAGUGAUAUGGCUUGUAAUAUAAAAUACAGAUCAGAUGAAUAUGCUUGAAAGUAAUACAAAAAAUUGAAAUAAUAGUUUGAAAUUUCGCAGCCCAAUUGUUAAGAAGAUGUUGCAGAUUUCUCAAGAGCUCCACU